GCUGUAGUCUUUAUUUUGUUUACAAUCCUCCAAUUGUGAUGAACUAUGAGCGUAAAAAUUUUCCUGCCCGCUUUUCUAUUUCACACAAAAAAAGACUUUGAUAUAUAUGGAGAAAUACAAAUCAAUGAAAAUAAUGCAAUCUCCUAUUAUAUUAUUGCACAUCAAGAUUAUCAAACUGAGAGUCAAAGCAAUUUGCGACACCUGGGACACAUAAUACGUGCCGGACCAACAUCAGCCUCAGAACAUUUAGAUGUUGCGGUGACCUUUGCUUACGAUGCUGACACGCCAAACAUUUAUUUGCUUAAGUUGAGCAUAAAGCCGUCUAAUACUACACAAGUGAAUGUCUUCCUAUAUGAUGUGCCAAAAAUGUUGCAGUUGUACGAAUAUAGCGUCAAUUAUGAGACGACUCAAAGCCACACAAUAACUGCCGAGGGAAAUGGCGAGGAGGAGACUGAGCAACGUAGUGAUCUUGUAUUGCUGUGCCGUCUUUUAAAUGAAAAUCACAAGCAAAAUAAAGUGCAUAAAGUGACGAUAUUCAGUAUUCUACAAAAGUUACCAUUUUUACUGCCUAACUUAAUAACAUACUUAUUAAUUAUAUUGUUAGAGUGUAAGCCAGUUAAAACGCUUAUGCAAAAAACAUCAAUUUACUUACACUUUUUGGAGUGGCGUAGAUUGGACGAAACUGGAAAACGGAAACUGAACAUAACAGUGGAUAAAAUUCUUGGUGUUAGUGUAAUGAUUUUCUUACUCUUUUACGUUUCCCAACCCGGCGAUUACCUGCUAGCAACAUCGCACUGGGUCAUACAAAAGCUGCGCUUGCUGCUGCGUUCACUUAAAGGCAGCCCAAUUGGUCUGAAGCUAAAUGAACAUCUUAACAAUUUUCUGCUCGAUUGUUUUAAUUAUCACAUAGAUUUGUGGGCAAAGUUUUUAGAUCUUAUCGAACCCAUUGUGCGUCAACUCUUCGUGCCAAUUGCCAUGCUUGGUUUCAUAGGAAUAUCCUUUCAAUUAGCAUCUUUGCCAAUGUUGAUGUCCAUAAUCGGCUUGCAUGCGCAUUGCUUUUAUAUUUACACAGCAGUAUUGUACAAAGUGGAGAUUAGAGGUAUUCAAGUACUUUGGAAGGUAAUGCUGGGCAAACGUUACAAUGUGCUUAAAAAUCGCGUGGAGUCACAUAAUUAUGUUAACCGUCAGUUGUAUCUGGCGACUAUAUUCUUUACAUCGCUACUCUUUUUGUUUCCAACGGUAUUGGUUUAUUACGUGGUUUUCACAACGUUGCGACUUUGUAUCUACAUGGUGAAUUUAGUUGUCGAAGUAUUGCGGCGUAAAAUUUUAGAAUUUCCUUUGCUGAGUCUACUAAAAUGGAGUAUUGGUAAAUUUUGUGAUAUGGAAAGUAUACACAUCGCUCAUAUGCCGCAUUCGCCGUCACCAUUGUUGCAGCCACAGUAUAUGCAAAUUAGUAUGUCCGUUUUCAAAUUGAGCAUACAAAAAUCGUCAUUAAGUCGGUUAUUUUCAUGUGAAAGUGGAAUCCUGCAAGAAUUUGAAUCGGAUGAGAAGAUGUCAAUAAAAAAUGCAUUUACGCGCAUGCUUAAAGGAACAUUUUAACACUAUUAGUAAACUCGCAUAUGAGAUAAUAUUGAUAUUAAAUCAUGUUAUGUUUUAAACCAAAAAGUUUAUAUUGUUCAAAAAUUAAUGAUCUUUUAAUACAAAUCAAUUUACAUUUUAUGCAAAUAAUGCGUAUUCUAUUGGAAAUUUAGGUAUAUACAAUGUAUACAAAAUAAGGAAUAAGGACCCGUAUUAUAAGUUGUAUUAAAGUAAUAACUUCUUAAAAAUCAUAGAUUUUCAAGAAAACUUAUUAACUAAAAACACGCAUCAAUCAUUGCUCUAACGUAUAGUUAAACUUACAGGUAUUUUUAUACAAAAUAGCCAGCUCUUUACAUUUAAGCCAUCCGAGAAAUAAACUAGUAUAUUAAAAUUAU